AAAAAAAAUAAAGCAUGAACGACUAGAUUGCGGGAAAUUUUAUUUUUGUUAUUUAGGGUAGAAAUAUAUUGUAAAACAGAGAUAUGGCUGCCCUAGAUUCAUUGACAAAAUUUAAUGGUAUUUUGGAUGAAUGGAUUACAAAUGAAUAUCGUAACAGACUUGACAACAAUGAAAUCAUUAACAUGCUUACAAAGUUAUCAGAUAUUAUUGAAAAAGAAACAGAAGAAUUUUACAAGAUGGACCCAGAUCCUUUUGAUGAUAGACAUCCAGGACGAUCUAAUCCAACCUGUACUCUAGGCCAUUUAAUGAAAGCAUUAUUCAAGAAUGAUAAUUUCAUGAACAAGCUGGUUAACUCUUACUUACUUGGAAGUCAUCAUAACCUAGAACUUCAGACAGCUGCAUGUCGUCUGCUGCUAGAUGUGCUACCUGGAUUGGAAGUAGGAAUUGUAUUUGUAGAGACAGAAGGUAUAAUACGUCCCUUACUGCAGUGGGCAGAGAAGGCAGAAGAGCCACUGAGAUCAUAUGCCACAGGUCUGUUAGCAGGGGCUAUGGAAGUACAGGAUGUUGCUGUAGACUAUAAAGAUGAAAAUCACCACCUGGUACUAGUACUUUUAAAACGUUUACAUGAAUUGAAAUCACAGAUGGAAAAGGAGAAUCACGAAAAGAUGAAACACAUAGAAAGACCAUUUGGACAGUUUUCUGGUAAAUCUUGUGGAUCAACUUCUCCUGGUAGAUCAGGAUUGGUUCCCACGAGUAGUGGCGAACAUAUCUCUGCAAGAGUUAAUAGUGUCAAGAUAUCACCAAAUAAGAUUACAGUGAAUGGUGUGGAAGGGGAUAGUUCAUUACCCUAUGUUUCACCAACCAAAAGGAAUAUAGGUAGCAAUUCACCAAGGUCACAGGCAAUUUAUGACAUUGAUACUGAGAUAAGUGGUAGCAGUUGGACUAAUCAACAACCAUAUGUAAUAGGGACAUAUUCCAUGAGCCCAUUAACUCUAUCAAUGAAGCAGAGACUUAUUUUACAGUAUCUUACACCAUUAGCUGAAUAUCAAGAGCUUCUGAGUACAGCUUUUGAAAAGAAUGCAUUAGAUUUGAUAUUUUAUUAUGUUGACUUGAAAAAGAAUGUUGAUGGAAGAUUAGCACUAGAAGCAUUAAAGUAUUUAGCUACACUAUUAUGUCACAAGAAGUUUUCUGUGGAGUUCCUGCAAACAAAUGGAGUACAAAAGUUAUUAGAAGUAUACAGACCAUCUAUCUCAGCCACUGGUGUAUCACUUUGUCUAUAUUACUUGUCUUAUUUUGAAGAUGCUAUGGAAAGGGUUUGUUUGUUUCCAGAACAUAUCUUGUCUAAAGUUGUUAAUUAUAUUCUGUGGCUGUUGGAAUGUUCCCACAAUUCCAGCAGAAGUCAUGCAGCCAUGUUUUUAGGACAAGCCUUUACAUUCAGGGUUAUACUUGAUUUAUUUGAUAAGAAGGAUGGACUAAGAAGAUUGGUUAAUGUUAUAAGUACACUGGAGAUCUUGAAUGAAAAUGAUGAACAAGUUCACAACACAUUGAAUGAUGAUCAGAUAUACACAAUGAGACAGAUGGUCAGACACGUUACAUUUGCUAUGAAACGCUAUUUUGAAGCACACUUGUCACUGAAAGCUGAUGAAAUACGUAGAUCUCACUUGAGAAAUGAUGGCGGUUCUCCCGUACAGGAGACACCAGCAUAUAAACCAAUAAAAGUAUCUGGUGAAGUGGUACAAGAUAAUAUAGAGUUAAUGAUGGAGCUGAUGCCUGUCAGACUUCACUGGGAUCCAGAGUUGCUCUUCCAUAAACUUGGGGGUGUUGUUCUGUUAACCAAAUUACUGGCAUUGAUACCUUCAUGGAGUAAUUAUACUGGAAAGUCAGAGACGGUCAAGAAUACACUAGAUAUAUUCACUGUGUGUACAGUUACUCCAAAGACACAGUUAGCUUUAUUACAAAAUAUUACUGUACCAGAAAAUUUAGUUUAUCCUGCCAUCAGCAUAUUUAUAAAUUUAGCUGAUGGUGAAACAUUAGCAGAACCAGAAGUACAGAAGUCAGCAUUGAAUGUUCUGAUAAAUUGUGUGUGUGGUCCUAUAGAAAGGUAUGGAGCUGGUGUAGGCAGAUACAUGAGUGUGGGUAGUAGGAAGAAGAUAAAUUCAAAGAUGGGAGAAGAUAUUCUCAGUAAGAUGUGGAAUGGUAUCAGAAUUAACAAUGGUAUUAUGGUGCUUCUGAAGUUGUUAUCUAUUAAAACACCAAUAACAGAUGCUGAUUCUAUUAGGGCAUUAGCCUGUAAGGCAUUACUUGGACUUUCAAGAUCAGAAACAGUAAGACAGAUCAUCAGCAAACUACCUCUCUUUACUAAUGGACAGAUACAAUAUUUAAUGAAGGAACCAGUUUUACAAGACAAACAACAAGAAUUUAUCAAGUUCUGUAGAUAUGCCAGUGAUUUAAUGGAGAGGGUCUCUGGAAAACUUGCUAGUGCUAAUUUUGAUGCCUCACUUGACGAAAUAAGAAGGGCUGAUAUUGUUGCUCACACUAAGAUAAGAUAUUCUGAGAAAGAAUUGUUACAGCUAAUUCAUGAUCAUCUACAGAAAAAUGGAUUAAUGGAUACUGCUUGUAUGCUUCAAAAAGAAGGCAAUUUACCUCGAUGUACAACACCUCCUUUGAUUCAUCCUGCUAGCCCUCAACUCUACAUGAAUCCUCAGGCCACACCUAGUAGGAUGCCAAGACAGUUCAGUGCCAUGUCAUCAUCUUCUCAUGCUAUAUCAAGUGCUAGUGCUCCAUCUUUGCCAUUAACCAGUGUCAGUAGCCAAUCAACAACCCCAUGCACACCAGGCCCAAUCAGAUUCACCAGACAGUCUCAGGGAUCACCUACAAACACUCCAAAGAAUACUUAUUCAAAAUCUAGAUUUUUACGUGAACGAGAUAGUGUGUUUACUAGUCCGGCAAUGAGGAGUAAAAAUUUUACACUAAAAUCACAAGGAAGUGAUCACGAUAUGACAUUAGACAAGAUUGUGACAGAGUAUCUACGAAAACAACAUGCUCUGUGUCGGAACCCUGUAUCAACUUGCCCAUCUAUGUCUCUUUUUACGCCUCAUAGAUGUCCAGAACCAAGAGGAAGUAAAUUUGCAUCUAUUAACAUCACCUCUAGAUUAGCAAGUAGAGCUAUUUUACCACCACAUGGAGGACUAGAUGGGGCAUGUGCAAACAGAAAAUUUAUAUAUAGCAGAUUUCGUCCCGUCAGAACAUACAAAGAUGCAGAUGAAAAUGGUUUCUCUUGUUGUGCAUUCUCAGUGGAUCAGCAGUAUUUACUUCUAGGUACACACUCAGGUGAUGUCAAAUGUCUCAAUGUAUAUACAGGGGAUGAAGUAGCCUCAAAUCAAUGUCAUUCCAACACAGUAACAAAUUUACAACCUUCUAAGGAUGGAAAUUUAUUGUUAACAUCAUUUGCUAUGUCAUGGACAGAUAUCAGCUCUGCCUCCUCCUUAUGGUCUAUAGGGGAUGGAACAUCACUCUCAGAGAGGUAUGCUUUAAAUGGUCAUCAUGCAGAAUUCAGUAAAUUGAUAGAGGACAAGAUACUCACCACAGAAGGAGAAAAAUCUUAUAUAAUAGAUGUACCAACAGGUGAUACAAUAGUAGAACUAUAUGAUGCAGAUAAAGUAAAUGGUUAUAGAGACAACAGGGCAACCUUUCACCCUUCAGAUGACCUUGUAUUAAAUGAUGGUGUAUUAUGGGACGUUCGAAGUGGCAAAUCUAUACAUAAAUUUGACAAGUUCAAUCCUCAUAUAAGUGGAAGUUUUCAUCCAAUGGGAUUGGAAAUCAUCAUUAAUUCAGAAAUCUGGGAUAUCAGAACAUUUCAUCUAUUACAUACAGCACCAGCCUUAGAUCAGUGCCAAAUUAAAUUCAGCAAUGCUGGCGAUAUCAUAUAUGCCAUUCAUAUUGAUGAGGAGAAUGAUAUAUAUGAGAACAGUAAAAGUCCUUACAGCUCAACCCUUAGGACAUUUGACUCUACAAAUUAUAGUUCCAUAACUACAUUUGAAACAAAAGCUCAAAGUAUUUGUGACAUAUGUACAGAGAAUACAGAUUCUUGUAUAGCUAUGGUUGAGCAAAAUCAGCAGUUUGGUGAAACUUCCAUGGAUGAAUUUGUUUGUAAGUUGUACGAAAUAGGAAAACUAAAGGAUUCUGAAGAUGAUCAGCAGGCUGAAGAAGAAGAAGAAAUGGAAGAUAAUGAUGAUGACGAUGAUGGAGGAAAUUUAGAUGAUGAUGAAUUAGAUUCAUUUGACGAUGAUAAUGAUGGUGACGAUAACGAUGAAGAUAAUGAAGAUGAUAAUGAUGAUGAUGGUGAAGACAAUGAUGAUGAUGAUGAUGCCAGUGACAUUGAAUUUUCAGUAGCUGGUACAAGUGAAGAUGAUGACAAUGAUUUGGAUGAAGACUUGUUAUUUCAGCUUUAUUGAUAACAGAGGGAAAUUGGAUGAAGACUUGUUAUUUCAGCUUUAUUGAUAACAGAGGGAAAUUGGAUGAAGACUUGUUAUUUCAGCUUUAUUAAUAACAGAGGGAAAUUGGAUUAAUUGACUUGAUAUAAAAUAAUUUAUUUUUAAAGCAAAGACUACUAGUAUGUUAAUCAAUUUUCUUGCAAUUUGUCAACUAUUAUUAUACCAUAACAGUUAUUCUGGUCAAUUAACUGUAUCAGCAGACUUUUAAAUUUGAUCACCAUCACCUACAUGUUACAUAUGACAACAAGCGCUUAGGUAAAGGACAUCCCUUUUAAAAUUGAUUAUAAGUAAAAUUUCUUCAGAAUUUUAAUGUCUCCUUGCUUCUCUCUUCAUGAUUUAACAAUAACAGUAUAUAUGAGUAAUGUCUCUACUCUUAUAAUUCUGUUAUUGCAAAUGCAUAGUCUCAAAUAUAUAUGAUAUAAAAACAGGAAAUAUGAUCCCAUAUCCACAUGCGAAGAUCCUUGAUCAAUGUCACUAUACAGAAAAUUGUUCAUGUGUAUAAUAAAAACUAGGGUACAUACAUGUAUCUACUGAUCAAAAGAGGAAUGAUCAUUUGUCAAUGAUUUUAAAUAUCUCAGAUAGAAAAAAUUUCAAUGCAAACAUCUUGAUCUAUAUUUCUUAAAUAGUUCUUUCAUAACAAUCAAGUAGAUUGACCACUUACAGGUAAAUAGAUAACCAGGUGAGAGGUUAUUACUGUAUGUAGUUCAAACACUACAUUCAGGUGAUUGGAAAAGAAGACAUUCAUACAUAUAAGUUAGUGGUGUGACGAUAUUGAAAUGUAAUUGGGUAUCUAUCAGAACCUGUAUUUUUGGUACUGGAAUUGUAUAUAUCUAUUUUUAAAUGGUAAUUCUGUAUCUUUGUGAAUAGUAAGAAUCUUGGGAAAUAGAGUAUAUAUUUUACUGAUAAAAUUUAAUGUAUAUUGUGAAAAAUUUAAAUUAUUGUUUUUAAAUUUUAACGUUUGUAUUCUAUGAAAUACAACUUUGACCUUGUUAUGUAUUGGCUGUUUUUCAUUUUUAAUGUUUUCUUCUCUACAUAUCAAGUGCUGGAUGUUUUUAUAUGGUGUACAAUUUUUUCUGUUUUCUAUCUUGUAAAUUUCUGAAUGUCACUCAGAUAAUGUCAUAAGCAGGGCUCACACUACUUCAGAAUCAUAGGGAGAAGUGACUUCUCUUUUUGAAACUGAUAGGGAGAAGUGGUGAGAUUUGAAAGAGAAGUGCUCCUUUGCGCACUGCGCUACAAUGUUUUGAUUUUACUAUAGUAUAAAGGGUCAUAUGUAAAUAAUGUUCUUUUUAUAUUGUUCAAUUCAUAUCUGAGUAUACAAUUAAAUUAACAGUUCAAAUUCAAAGUUAUUUAAGUUUAGGUUCUUGUGAGAAACUACCAACUAAAUAUCUAGCACUAAAAAGAUUUUUUUUUUAUGUCAAAAAGGUAAAGAAAUUAUAAUAUAUGAAUUACAAUUCAAUUAAAAACUAUCUUGUUUAUCAUGUUUAUGAAAUUCAGUGUUUCUCAUCAAAAGAUAUACAAAGUUAAGCUGGACCAUAAUAUAUUGAUAUUAGUAGUUAAGCAACUUUAAUCAAUAUUUUGAAACAAUCCAUAUAAAUUAUAUGGAAUUAUAUACAUUAAUCAAUUAGAUCUAACCAAAAGUCUGUUAAUUAGUGUGGAAUGCGUAAUUUUCAUUUUGGGAUCAAUAUUCUUCUGUCAGCUGUUCCAUUCAUGCGUCCGUACUUAUAAUUGUAAAAAUACGGAUUUCGGUCAUAGCUGGUCCGGUUCCGAUCAGUAGUUAGUAAACGGUUAAUGGCAGACAUAGAAAAUUUACAAAAAAAACCGAUGUUUUACAAGCUAUUUGAAAAGGAAUAUGACGUUUUUAAUGCAAUAAAUGGAUUAAACAUUUACUGGAGGCAACUUUUAUCACUUUCCAAUAAAGUAACAAACUUAUUUUGCCGCCGAAAGUUAGAUUGGUGUACGCUCUCUGAGUAACAAGUACCGGAAGAGCAUGCAGUGAUAAAAAGUUGUCUUUUAAUUAAAUAACCUGCUACACACUGUAAAGUCAAUGCUUAAACCUCUUUUCUUAAGAAAAUGAAUCGUUUAGGUCUGAAUUUCUUUAAUAAUCAAUAAAAAAUUGAUGUUUUAUCAACUUGGUAAAAAUUGAAAAUGUCCGAUGAAGAAAGAAACUGAAAGCGAGUAUCGUAAACAACAGGGCGACUUGUUUUCGCUUUUGAGAGUCGGGCAAAGCAAAGUAAAGACAGGAAAGCGACUUCUUCGCCCUAGUCGCCUGGUAGCGUGAGCCUUGGUCAAAAGAAGGGGAACAUUGCUGUUUAAUAGUAGAAAAUUAGUUGAAUUUCUCCACAUAACAGGAAAAAUCUGUCAUCCUAAAUAUAAAAUGAAUAUAAGUUAAUAAAUUGACAUUAAUUGACCUUAAAACACUGAUUCAUAUCAAAACUUAUGUUUAAAUCAUAUGUGGAAGGUACUAACAGAAAAAGAUUUUUGAUUACUAGUAUUGACCUCUUUAUGUAGAAUUUGUCUUAUCUGCAUAAUCACACGAUCUAGUUAGACUCAACCAUAGAUUUAAAUGUUCAAUGGUGCUAUGUAUAGUGUGGUGAUGACUAGUGUUUUAUGACUGCGAGAAAUGGCAGGUCACUAUCUGUUCAUACACAUGUCUGUUCAUGUUCUCUUCUAAUUAAACAAAUCUUAUAAAGAAAUCAUUUUAGGGAAAUUAGAAAAACAGUCACAUCUUAAAGCAUUGUGAACCUCUAUGUCAUUUCAUUGUAUGAAUGAUUUUGGGGGUUUUCAAAAACUGAAACAUGGAUCAGCAAUUUAUCACUUUUACAGCUAAUAAAGGUUAUAGACAUUUCUUAUCAACACCUCUGUUUUAAAGAAUGUUGAUGUUUACCAGAAGAUUUCAAAGACACUUUCAUUUACUUUAUCCUCAUUGAUUUUAUAUGUUGAAUGUAUUAAUAUGUGAUCUCUGAACAGUACAUGUACAUCUAGUUUUGUACCUAUUUAAACCUAACAGAGGUGUUUCCCUAUACAAUGUGUUUUCAUGAUAUAUCUUUUUGUAAUAAGUGCAUAGCAUGUCAUUACAAAAUUAAAAGAAUUUUCAUGUUGAA